GCUUUGUAAAUAUAUAAGUACCUUCGGUUUAUCUCAUACUUGCUUCAGUCACUUCCCGUCUAUCUUUCCAAAAAAGUGAAAAAAAAGAAAAAGAAAAGUUAGUUGUUGUUGUAGCACAACAUGAAUCCCCGGGCUUACAUAUUGCUGUUAGCAUUUGUGACAAUAGGAAGGGCAACGGGAAAUUCAUCGAAUGACAAGGACAAAGAGGAAUGUACACAACAAUUAGGAGGGUUAGCAACAUGUCUGCCUUAUGUCGGCGGCGGCGGCGGAGCAAAGGCACCGACACCGGAUUGUUGUAACGGUCUGAAGCAAGUGCUGAAGAACAGCAAGAAGUGCUUGUGUUUUAUUAUCAAAGAUCGUAAUGAUCCAGACCUUGGUGGAAUACAGAUUAAUUUGACUUUAGCUUUGGGCCUGCCAACAGUUUGCAAUGCCCCUGCCAAUAUCUCCAAGUGCCCAGAGUUGUUGCACAUGGAUCCAAAAUCACCAGAGGCUCAAGUAUUUUAUCAGGCUGAGAAAAAUGGAACAAGUCCUGUCGCACCCGCUCCUUUUGAUGGAGUAAGUCCAGCAAGCGAAAAAGGAGAGAGUAAAGGGAAAAGUAGUCAGGAAACCAGCUCUGCUCAGAAGAAUGAGGCACCAUGGAAGGACAAAAAGCUGUUCGUUUUAGCAAUUUUGGGUUUUGGUCUUCAAAUUGUUGGGCUCUUUUUUUGGCUUUAAAACUUCAAAAACGAUCUUCUUUCAUAGGGAGAGAGCUUCUUUCUUUGGGGGCAUAAAUGAUUUUGUGCCAUUUGCGUUAUUGUAUCAAUGCCAUCUACGAAAUGGUAUAGAGAAAAGUUGGAUGUAAAAAAUAAAAAUAUUGUUUAAAGAAGGGAGUAAAGGGAGGGACAAUAUUUCGGUACGAUUAUUGCAGUGGGUCCUAAGUUUACUUUGAAAUUGAUUUUUGUAUUCUGUUAUUUCUUAUUAGUGGAUACUAUUCUAAUUGGACGAUA